AUGGAUCCUUGCCCAUUCGUCCGCCUCAUAGUAGAAUCGUUCGCGUUGAAGUUGCCGCCGGCGGCGAGGCUCGCCGGCCCCGGCGUCCAUCCUUCGCCAACCCCCUGCUUCUGCUCCAUUCAACUUCAAGACUUUCCUUCAUUGACUGCUCCUCUUCCCCGCGCCUUCGACCUCACGUCGAGCACCAACUUAAUCGACGCCGCUGCUGCCGCCGCUUCCGCUCCGUCCUCUCCAGUCAUCAUCAACCUCGAUCCGGCCGCCUUAGAGAAGAUGUCGGGGCGGGCCGACGCCGGACCGGCGGCGGUGCAGGCGACGGUGGUGCAGAACGGGUGGGUCAGCAUGGCCAGCGGGCAGGGCGCGGCGCGGCUCCACUUGCUGGUGUGGACAGAGCCUGACCCGCGGUUCGUGUUCCAGUUCGGCUGCGAGCCAGAGUGCAACCCCGUUGUGUAUCAAAUCCAGGGAGGCAACCCCGAAUAA